AUGGACCUGUCGCCAAACCCCGAGAGCCCGAAUGCCCCGGGCGGCGGUGGCGGCAGCGGCGCCGGUGGAUCUAGCGGCGGUGGAGGGGCGUCCUCGUCUGCUGGGGGUGGAGGCACACCGCAGACGCCCAGCCGGUACGAGGCGCAGAAGCGGCGGGACUGGAACACGUUCGGGCAGUACCUGCGGAACCACCGGCCGCCGCUGAGCCUCGCGCAGUGCAGCGGCGCGCACGUGCUGGAGUUUCUGCGGUACCUGGACCAGUUCGGCAAGACCAAGGUGCACACGGCGUCGUGCCCCUUCUUCGGCCACCCAAACCCGCCGGCGCCCUGCCCCUGCCCGCUGCGUCAGGCGUGGGGGAGCCUCGACGCGCUCGUGGGACGCCUUCGCGCCGCGUUCGAGGAGCACGGCGGCCGCCCCGAGUCCAACCCCUUCGCCGCCCGCGCGGUCCGCCUGUUCCUCCGCGAGGUCCGCGAGCACCAGGCUCGCGCGCGCGGCGUCAGCUACGAGAAGAAGAAGCGCAAGAAGCCGACGCCUGGUGACGCCAGCAGCAGCAGCAGCCACCAGGCUCCACCCCCACCGCCACCGCCCCCCGCCGGUGCGGCCUGCUGA